GAGCGAAAGCACAGGCGGAACUCAUGACAGUACUAACGGCGCUGUUGCAUUCGGGUGUGCCGGGCCCAUGUACGUUGGGGCCAGAAUGGACCAUAUCGGGGCCACAAUUAACGACUACGCCUGUUGUUUUCCUGCCAUGACGCAUCAAAACUUCCGCCAUGCAAAAGGUCCAUUGAGGCUCACCCAGCUCCACAUACUGUACAUGUCAGCGCAGUAUCGAUCACUGACAGGUCAGGCCAGUCCUGAAGUGGAACUCUAACACUCAGUCGGUAGCCGCUUUACGUGAUCGACUGAUUAUUCGAUUGACGGGAAAAAUGAAAAAUAACUACUCUGACAAUCAAUUCUCAAGCAAGCAUCUUUAGGUUUCACUUUCUAUUUCUCGGAAAACGGCACCGCCUUCGACUUUCGUCUUCCUCCCCGUCGUCCAGCUGUCGGGCUGUUGUUCGGGACGUCUGCAACGCCGAGGCUACGAUGCUGAAACAAACCGGAGACAAAAGCAGCCCUACCUUUACUUUUGGACUUCCUACCUCACUCAGCAAAGCUACAGUUACAGUCAGCUCAAUGGACAAACCACAAACAUGUCUUAAUACAAUCCCAGGUAAAGAAAAGGUUGGAGCUGUAGCGAAAGACAUGGACUCGAAAGAAGCCUCUGGCGGCUUUAGAUUUGGAAUUGCAGCCCUACCUGCUAUGGCCACAGCAGAUGCUCCCAGCAUAGUCACCUCAACAGAGAAAAGGACGGACAAACCUUUUACUUUCAAAGGAUUUCAAUCCAAUUUGGAAUCUCAAUGGAGAAAGGUGAACUGGAAAGAAGAGCAAAAGACGACCCUGAUGAAGCGUGUCAGCUCCUACAGACCGAGCUGUGAGGAGGUGACUGAUGCCAGGGUUCUCCUGCUGGGCCCGGUCGGCUCUGGAAAGUCCAGCUUCAUCAGUUCAGUCCAGUCGGUGUUUAAUGGAAGAGUUACCAACCGGGCCAUGGUGGGCUCCUCCUCAACAAGCUUCACCAAGAAGCUUUCUUUUUGUUCGUGUCAGCUGCAGUCCUUCAACAUCCACGGUCAAAAGGGAGAAGAUCCUUCCAGACUCGUGCUGUGUGAUAUUAUGGGCCUGGGGGGUGAAGGAAUGACCGGACUGACCCUCCACGACAUCCUGUCCAUCAUUAAAGGUCAUGUACCUGAGGGACACAAGUUCAGCCCCGAUCAGCCAGUGAGAUCAGAGACUGUGGGCUAUGUGAAGAGGCCAAGCCUCGCAGACAAGAUCCAUUGUGUGGCCUUUGUGGUGGAUGCCUCCAAAAUCCUGACCUACCCCGAAGGCCUCAGCACCACCUUCCAACAGCUGCGAGAGUGCAUCAGUGACCUGGGUGUUCACCAGGUGGCUCUGCUGACCCACGUAGACAAAAUUUGUCCAGAAACGGCCAAAGAUGUCACCCAGGUUUACAAGAGCGGCAGAAUUCAGGACAUUAUGGGUAAAGCUGGAGCUCUGCUGGGCAUGUCCACCUCCUACAUCGUCCCCGUGAAGAACUACUCCUCAGAGCUGGACCUGGAUGCGAACACCGAUGUGCUGCUUCUCAGUGCUGUCGACCACAUCCUGCAGUAUGCUGACCUGUAUUUCCAGGACAAUGGACCACAAUAUACAGUGUCAAAGAUGGACUCGUCAGACUUUCAGUUUCAUUUUCGAAGAAAUCGAGACCAUGAACAGUUUGGUACACACCCUACAGUCCUACAGAUACAGAUCCUAACCCACCAUGAAAGCAGGUCACUUUCUGUCCAUCUAGAAGAGAAAGAAGGAGACACCAAAGUGAGUAAGCAUCAUAGGUCAAAUGAGCAUCUUCUACACACAACAGUAGACCAACUGUCCAUUAUGAAUCCCAGGCUGACCAGGAGCCAGCAGAGAACAAUCUGCUCCCAGCUGCGAAGAGUCAAACUACAGCUGCUGUACAAGGCCAGCAUCCAUGGUUUCACCGGUGCAGCCUUCCACCAACGCUGUGACAACCGCAGUCCCACGGUGUCUGUGGGCUAUAACACCUUGGGUUAUGUGUUUGGAGGCUACACCAAACAGCCCUUCAGUCAGUCUGGCCAGUACAUGAACGAUGACCAGGCCUUUCUUUUCACCUUCAGCGGAGAAAAGCUCCUCAAAUAUCCGGUCACUAGCGCUGUUUAUGCAGUGAAAAUGAUAGCUAACUCUGGUCCAUAUUUUGGAGAAGCACUGGUUCUCGUCAAUGGGAGCCAGGCAGUAGUGUACAGCAAUCCUGGAACCUAUUACAACUUCAGUGCUGUAGAAAUGCAUGGCAACAACCUCAACCUGACUGAGUGUGAAGUCUAUCAAGUGGAAGAAACCACAGAACUUGAGAGGCCAUGGAGGACGGUAAUCUGGGAAUCUGAGAAGAGGAACGAGCUGAUCAACAGCAUUAAGGUCUACAAGCCCACAGUCAGGUCUUUGUCCCAGGUUCGGGUUUUGCUCAUUGGACCAGUUGGAGCUGGAAAGUCCAGCUUCUUCAAUUCUAUCAACUCUGUAUUCAGAGGCCACGUCACCAGCCAGGCCAUCGCUGGCUCCUGUACCACCAGCCUCACCACACAGUUUCGCACCUACUCUUUGAAGGCUGGGCGAGGAGGAGAACCUCUGCCGAUCAUCUUGUGCGAUACCAUGGGAUUGGAGGAAAGCAUAGGGGCAGGGCUUGACAUAGAGGACAUUUGCAGCAUCCUUAAAGGUCAUCUGCCAGACCGUUAUCAGUUCAACCCCUCUGCUCCUCUGCAUUCGGAGGCCCACAGCUAUCGUACGUCUCCGGGGCUCAGGGACAAGAUCAAUUGUGUUGCCUACGUCAUUGAUGCCUGCAAGAUCUCCAUCAUGUCUGCAAAGCUGGAGGAGAAGCUGGAAGCUAUCCGCAGAAAGGUCAACUCAAUGGGGAUUCCUCAGCUGGUCCUGCUGACUAAAGUAGAUGAAGCCUGCCCUUUGGUGACAGCGGAUGUGAGAAACGUUUAUAAGAGUGGCUACAUUAAGGAAAUGAUCCAGGAGGUCAGUGCUCGGCUCGGCGUGCCGUUGUCCUGUGUUGUUCCUGUGAAGAACUACAGCGAGGAGUUGGAGUUGGACAUCAACUGCGACAUCCUGCUGCUCAGCGCCCUCGUCCAAAUGCUUCGCUUUGCUGAUAAUUACUUUGACGAUAUCAGUGACCGACUCGGCAACAUUGAAAAAAGAGAAUAGGGAGCACGUGUGCAGUAGAUAUAAUAACCGGAGCAACCAUAAUGAAAUGUCCCUCACAAUGAUCCAUCCAUUUACCAGCUGGUGUUCCUGCCCAGUGCUAGUUCACUGUGUUAACAGAGAUGGGACAUCCGGUGUCUGGAUUUAGAAACUCAGUGCGCUAAUCCUCAUUUCGAUUGUGUCCCUCAGCUGAAAAAUAUCUGAUUUUCCUGGUUGCAAAUUCUCUUUAUCAAUGUAAAAUUACUACACCAUAAAGAGUGCUGUGUCAUCUUUACAUUAUCAAUCUACAGACUGUAAUGUAUUAUCAUUAAUACAUUGAAAGGUUUUUUUUACAUUGUCGGCUCAUAUAAUGGGACACUUCAUCACAAGUUUGACAUGAUGAUUAAUAAUAUGUGUGAACAUUUAUUCUUUACUGCAUUAAGAGAUUCUAAACUUUCGCAUCCUCAUCUUUUUGUUCUUUUUAUGCGUUUGAGGCUGCGGCCAUGUUGAUUUUGGACUGGGUUAGACACCUCGGGUUUUGGUGUUUUGACAAAUCAUUUUACGGGAUACUAAAAUUUAUGCUCACAAACAAAUCAAUUCAAGUGUAUUCAAGUGUACAAAUGACAAAUUUCUGCACAAAACUACCCUUCUCUCAAGUGAAGAAAAGCUGACCCGGAGUCGGAAGCCUGCAGUCGUAUCCAUUAUACAAAUAUGUUGAAGUAAAACGAGUUGACUGAAGCGAAGACUACUGUCUUCUAAUGAACUGUAAAGAUUUACUCAAUAACAUCAUAUUUGCAUUGCACAGAUGUUGCAGUAGCUACAAAACUUUGUUCAUUUACCAACAGUGUUAAUUGAAAACGUUCAGUAUGUUUUGGUAUCAUGUCAUUCAAGACCCUGCAAUUUUUUUUUUAUUUUUUUAUUUUUUUUUAUAUCAAGCUUUGUAGUAAUAAACUCCCGUUUAAAUCCGUUAUUGUUCCUAAAAUGAAUAAUUCCAGUCAGUAUCUCUUCAGUAAAAUAUCGUCCGUUUCAACAGGUCGUGCGACUUUGUAACCGUCACAGAUGUGAUCGACAAGAAUGAUGCACGAUAGUGAAGAAGGGAUGUCCUGGAAAGCACACCUGGAGUUCAGUGAUAUUCAGCCAGUCUGCUGGCUGAGUACAAAUCUAAAUAUAAACUGAGUGGAUAUCAUUUGCGGGUAAUGAAGUAGUCCAAAGCCUGAUAGUGCCUUUAAAACGAAUAAACUGUGGACUGCGCACGGUAGUUUUAACAU